AUCUCCCUCGGUCCCACUCUCCUCCUCUUCCUCUCUCCUCCUCCCUCCGGACGCCAGGCUCCUCCGCACCCCCUCCCCUGGGAGCCCCGCUGCCUUGGCCACGACCCCACCCCCACUUGGCCCACAGCUUUUUCACUUUCUGUUUUCCCCUUUCUUUGCCCUCCAUCUUCUCACUCCUUCCGUCUGUCUUUACCCUCAGCUCCUGUGCCCAUCUCUGUGUCCCACCUCUCCCCCUCUACUUCCUCUCCCCCCACCCCCAGUCUCACCCCCUGGAGCCUCUCUUUCCUGUUCUCUGGCCCCAGCACUCCCCACCCUCACCUCAGCGCGACCAUGGCCACCAUCCCAGACUGGAAGCUACAGCUGCUAGCCCGGCGCCGGCAGGAGGAGGCAGCCCUUCGUGGCCGGGAGAAGGCAGAACGGGAGCGUCUGUCCCAGAUGCCAGCCUGGAAGCGGGGGCUGCUGGAGCGCCGCCGGGCCAAGCUUGGUCUGUCUCCUGGAGAACCUAGCCCUGCACCUGGGACUACAGAGGUUGGACCUCCAGACCCAGAUGAGUCGGCCGUCCUCCUGGAGGCCAUUGGGCCGGUGCACCAGAACCGAUUCAUUCGGCAGGAGCGCCAGCAGCAGCAGCAGCAGCAGCAGCAGCAGCAGCAGCAGCGGAAUGAAGAGUUAAUUGCAGAGAGAAGGCCUGGGCCUUUGGAGGCCCGGGAGCGGAGACCCAGCCCUGGGGAGAUGCGGGAUCAGAGCCCCAAGGGAAGAGAGUCAAAAGAAGAGCGGCUCAGUCCCAGGGAGGCCAGAGAGAGGAGGUUGGGGAUAGGGGGAGCCCGAGAGUUGAGCCCCAGGCCUUCAGAGGCUUUGGACUGGAGGCAGAGCCCAGGAGAGGCUGGAGACAGGAGCUCCAGACUGCCAGAGGCCCGGAAAUGGAGGCUGAGCCCCGGAGAAAAUCCAGAGUGGAGUCUGAGACUGGCAGAGCCUGGAGAACAAAGCCCCAGGAGAAAAGAGGUGGUGGAAAGUAGACUGAGCCCAGCAGAGCCCACCCAGAAGUUGGGGCUGACAGAGUCCCAUAAAUGGAGGCCUGACUCUGGAGAGUCUCAGGAACAGAGUUUGGUACAACUGGAGGCAUCAGAGUGGAGGCUGAGCUCAGAAAAAGAAAGAAAAGACUGUUCGGAGGAAUGUGGGAGAAAAGAAGAGAGACCAGUUCCAAGGCUGGCCUCAGAAGAGAUUACAGAGCUGCCGGAGACCCUGACAAGGGAGGCUCCAGACAGCAGCUCCGGAGAAGCGGAGGCAGCAGAGCAAAGGCCCAGCCCUGUGGAGGAUGGUGAGAGGGGCCUGAGGCUGACAGAAGGAUGGAAAUGGACCCUGAACUCUGGAAAGGUUCGAGAAUGGACACCCAGGGACACAGAGGCUCAAACUCAGAAACCAGUCCCCCCAGAGUCUGCUGAGAAGUAUCUGGGGCCUCUUGGUACCGAGGCUGGAGAAGGGGAGGCUGAGAAGGAGAAGGCGGGGGCUCAGGGCAGGCCUCUGAGAACCCUGCAGAACGACAGCUCUGUGCCCUCCCCCUUCCCACCAGAGCACGCUGGGACUGGAGGCUCUAGAAGGCAGGAAGAGGAAGCAGUGGAUCUCCGGCCCCCACCAGCAGCCCCUCUGUCUCCCCCACCCCCAGCCCCACCUGCUCCCCAGUCCCCUGGGGAUCCCCUCAUGAACCGUCUGUUCUAUGGGGUGAAGGCAGGGCCGGGGGUGGGGGCCCCUCGCCGCAGUGGACACACCUUCACAGUCAACCCCCGGCGGCCUGUGCCCCCUGCGGCCCCCAGCACCCCCGCCACCCCAGCCACAGCUGAUGCGGCGGUCCCUGGAGCUGGGAAGAAGCGGUACCCGACUGCUGAGGAGAUCUUGGUUCUGGGGGGCUACCUCCGCCUCAGCCGCAGCUGCCUUGCCAAGGGGUCCCCUGAAAGGCACCACAAACAGGUAGGGAGCAGCCAAGCCAGACCUCUCAGAAGCCCGCUCCUCAGUUCUCUCCGGCCUCCUUUCUUUUUUAUAUCCCUGUAUUCUUGUCCUCCUCUAUUCUUUCGUGUUAAUUCCUGCCGCCACCCUUCCUCCUCUACACACACCCUUCCUUCUUAGAGAGUUCAUUUUCCAUUCAUUUCCAAGCCCAAGGAUCCUGCCCCAAAUCAAGUGCUGCCCCUGGGUGUGUCUCACAGGGUGUGCCCAGGCUGCUCACUCUUCAUUCCC